AUGUCAGGAGGCAAGAAGUGUUCCUUUAAUGCGGACUGGGCGAACCCAAGUGUCUCCGACUAUGCAAGUUUGAUUAGGCCUUUGGAAAAUGAUCCGCACAAAGCCAUGUGUACAGUUUGCCAAAAAACGUUUUUGCUGAGCAACAUGGGUCACAGAGCUGUUUCAAGUCAUGCCUCUAGCAAGAAGCACAUUGCUGCAUUGAAUUUUCUCAAAAGUGCUUCCCAGCCAAAGCUAUUGUCAUUUUUUAAGAGCCCGACGGACGCCUCGCCUAGCAGUAGCGCUGGAUCUGCGCCUGCUGCUACCGAAGUUGCAGUGACUACAGCUCCUGUGCAAGUGUCAGUGGGUGGUUUUUUGUUUAAGAACAACGUGACUAAAGCAGAAAUAAUUUGGUGUCUCAAUACCAUAAUGACACAUGGAUCCUUUCGUUCCGCGGCAGCGUCUGCGGCACUUUUUCCACUGAUGUUUCCCACUUCUGAGGUGGCUGCAAAAGUUCAGCUGGGUAAAGACAAGGUAGGCUACACCAUUUGCCAUGGCAUUGCGCCGUACUUUCGGAAUAUGUUGCUGUCGAGUCUCGUCAAUGUGCCUUACCUGGUAGUCUGUUUCGACAAGGCGCUGAACGAGGUCACCCAGAAACAGCGAAUGGAUGUUCUCAUAAGAUACUGGGAUGCUGCUGACGACAGCGUGAAGUCUCGCUAUCCGACGUCUUGUUUCAUGGGUCACACGUGCGCCGAAGACUUGGCGUCAGCGUUUCGUCAAGCGGUGCAGGAAAUCAAAGGAUCCAAAAUCCUGCAAGUGUCCAUGGCCGGGCCAAAUGUCAAUUUUAAGUUUUUGCGGUCUCUGAAGGAAGAGCUUCGCGAGUCAAAUGAGAGCCAUAUCCUCGGGAUAUGUGGCCUCCAUGUAAUCAAUGAAUAUGGUGCUUAUAAAGCUGGCCACGUUGCAUCUGGCUGGGAUUUGGUAUCAUUUCUUCGAAGCGCCUACAACCUGUUCAAAUGCGUUCCUGCACGUCGCGCUGACUUCGUCAGCCUCACGGGGUGCUGGAAAUUCCCCAUGAAGUUCUGUGCAGUGAGGUGGCUGGAAAACAGUACCGUAAUCUGUAGGGCACUGGAGAUUCUACCACACCUCAUUGUAUUUGUGCAGCAGUGUAAAGAAAAAGCAGACAAGAGGCCAACAUGCUCAAGCUACAAAGUGGUUGAAGAAGCUGUGUCUGAUCAGGUCUUGUCAGCAAAGCUAGCUUUUGCUCUCUCUAUUACUAAGGAAUUGGAACCCUUUCUGCGGGAAUUUCAGACGGAUAAACCGAUGGUUCCAUUCCUGUCAGCAGCACUAGAGAGCAUUCUGCGUUCACUGCUGUCGAGAAUUGUAAAAGAGGACGUUCUCGAUGCUGCCGACACGGUCGCCAAGUUGAUGAAGAUAGACAUAAGCAUACCAGAAAAUGCAGUAAAUGUAGCCGCAUUCGACGUUGGAUUUUCGGCAAAAAACUAGCUCCGCAAGAACAAGAAGUUGUCACAGCUUGCAAUAAUGAAUUUUAAAAAAGGCUGCAUAUCAUUUGUCAAGGCUUGUGCACAGAAAGUGGUGGAGAGAUCGCCACUUAAGUACAAGUUGGCCGUGGGUGCAGGCUGUUUGGACCCUGUCUGUGCAUUGUCUUUGGAGGCUGGUCCCAGGCGGCUUAUGCUGGCACUUGAAGUACUUUCCGAUCAUCACUGGAUGACCGGCUUGCAAGCAGAGCGAGUCCAUCGCUCCUACGUGAAGGUGUGCUCAGAAAGCAGUACACAGGCACAGCUGGCAAAUUUUGACAGGAAGCAACAGAGGCUGGAUACUCUGUGGACAAACAUAUGUUCCCAGGAUCACAAGGAGCUGCAGUUUUUUGUGAAACUUCUCUUGUGCUUGUCUCACGGCAAUGCUGCGGUAGAGAGAGGCUUUUCUGUCAACAAGGAAUGCCUUGUUGAAAAUUUGAAAGAAGAUUCUCUUGUGGCACAGAGAGUAGUGCAUGAUGCGGUCUUGGCAGCAGGUGGCAUCGCUCAAGUAGACAUUACCGACAGGAUGGUGGAGACAGUUCGCAGUGCCUACAGCGUCUACCGGGAGCAGCUGCAAAGAAAGGAGAGAGAGCGAGAUGAAACAACUGAAUUGGAGAAGAAGAAAAAGAGAGCAGCAGCUCUGAUUAAAGAGCUACAAGAAAAAAAGCAAAGGCUGCUUAUUGAAGCGCAACUUGAAGCUUCUAUUCUUCAAGACGAGAUAAACUCUCUCAAACCCUAAUUGAAGUGCAUUUCGAGAAUGAGGGCAGUUGCAAUAAAUGUUUCACUCUACAAUGAAAUGUGUUUUCUCUACCCUUUUAAUAUGCCUCACGGACCAUUUCCACAAAAUGGUGUCUGUUGUAUAGGUCAGGCAAUUUUAGCUAAAAUGGUCAGGGAAAACCUGGAAAAGUCAGGGAAAUUGAAUU